AACCAGUGCUCUCUUUCCCCAUUCGCAGCCGCCGUACUCCCGUCUCCCGUGCAGCCGUGCUCACUCACCAGUGAAGUGAAGAGCAGGCAAAUCCACUGAGCAAGUUCCUCGAGGACGAAGGGAGAGAUGGGCGACACGGAGAGGAGCUCUAUACUGGUGCACAUUUUAGUGGUCGCCCUCUGCCUCACCGCAUUUGGCUUUGCCAUCGCCGCCGAGCACCGCCGCAGCACGGGUUCAAUUGUUACGGACAGCUUCAAUUCCACAUUUUGUGUUUAUGACUCUGACAUUGCUACUGGCUACGGUGUUGGUGCAUUCCUGUUUCUCCUUUCUGGUCAGUCACUGCUUGUGGUAGUUACAAAGUGCAUGUGUUUCGGCAAACCACUUGCACCUGGUGGAAGUAGAGCCUGGUCAAUUAUAUACUUUGCUUCAUCAUGGGUCUCAUUCAUAAUUGCCGAGUCAUGUCUGAUUGCUGGAGCAACAAAGAAUGCGUACCAUACCAAGUAUAGACAUAUGGUAUACGCAGGGAGUUGGACUUGCGAGUCUCUGCGCAAAGGAGUUUUUAUUGCAGGAGCAGUCUUCGUGGUAUUCACUAUGACAUUGAACGUAUACUUCUACAUUUACUACACAAAAUCGACAAGCCAAGCUGCCAAAAAAAUCAACAAGACUACACCCAAUGUUGUUAUGACUGGCCACCCAUGAGAAUUGACAGCACGAGGGAUCCGAUAGAACUUCAGAUUUCAACACUUGGUGGUACUUGCUGUAAGUUUUCAGCGUUGGAUUUCGGUGUAUCAUGUGACAAAACAUAGUAUUUGGAAAACUUAUUUGGGGCUACGUUGUCGUGACACUAUCAGAUGUUUCGCAGCUGUAUUAUUAUAUUUUCCUACAA